AUGCUCUCAUUAUGGCCACUGCUCUCUUCCCUUGUCUGUCUGGCUGCUGUAACCUAUGCGAAAUCUAGCACUGGUGAUUCUGUGCUUGUUGUACUUGACCAGAGCCUAAAGAGGGACAACUUUUCUAUAUUCUUCAAUGGACUUGAAGAGAGAGGUUACGACCUCACCUUCCGUACACCCAAGGACGUGCAGCCUGCUGUGAUCGCAGAUGACCAUCCCCAAUAUUCGCAUGUCAUUCUGUUCGCGCCGGAGUCAAAGAGCUACUCUUCUGACAUCACACCACAAUCCCUGGUCACGCUCCUUUCCAAAAAUACCAACCUGCUAAUCGCCCUGUCGUCAAAGCAGACACCUCUGACCUCGCUCGCGUCCGAGUUCUCCCUCAUCUUGCCUCCACCAGGAACCCCACUCGUUUCGCACUUUCCUGAAAGAGAUACGCCCGCCACCGUGAUACCCGUAAAUGUGGCACCUGGUUCUGUACUAUCAUCGGACUUGCCGCCCGUUUGGUUCUCCGGCGUCCCAUUUGCAUUCGGCAGCAGCCCACUUCUGGUUCCUUUUCUGAACGCGCCGCCAGAAAGCUUUGCAGCUGACUCGGACCGCGAUAAUGGUGCGGACGCCAUAUUCGAUGCUGCUGAGAAGGGCGGGGAAGGCCUAUGGGCAGGGAGUUCGCUUGGUUUAGUCGCAGGAUUCCAGACUCGCAGUGGUAGUCGUGCGACUUGGGUCGGAGGUAUUGACAUCUUCAGUGAUGAAUUUGCGACGAAGGAGCUUGCCAACGGCGUUAAGCCAGGCAAUCAGCAAUUCGUAGCUGAAGUGGCAGCCUGGACAUUCCAAGAGUCCAAUGUAUUGAGGAUCGAUGAGGUUACUCACCAUCGCGUAAACGAGACCCUUACAGGAGAACAGUAUACUAUCAACGAUCGGGUUGUCUUCGCCAUGCGCGUCUCAAAAUUUAAUCCGUUAUCAUCGACGUGGGAGCCGUAUAGCGAGAUCGCGGAUAUGCAACUCGAAUUUACUAUGCUCGAUCCACAUAUCCGCACAAUGUUGCAACCAGUGGAAGGCGACCCGGGGCGGUACUCCGUGGAGUUCCGCAUUCCCGACCGCCAUGGGGUGUUCAAAUUUGUCGUCGACUUCAAGCGUAGGGGCUGGUCCUUCUUGGAGAGCACGACGGUUGUGCCGGUCGUGCCCCCACGGCACGACCAAUACCCCAGGUUUUUGAGCCCUGCCUGGCCUUAUUAUGCCGGCGCGAUCAGCACAAGCAUCGGUUUUGUUCUGUUUUCUGCUCUGUGGCUCGCUGGAGAUAGCCAAGAACCGAAAAAAUCCAAGAGCGCGAAGUCAGACUAG